AUGACGAGAUCUCCGAACCACUACGAGAGCCUAGUGGGGUUCGGGUUGGGUGACGUGGAAAGUGUGAUCGAGAAGGGAGUUUCGCUUUCCGGGGAAGGAGAGGAGCCCAUGGUCCUAGGCAGUGACUGGAACAUAAUCAAGCGGGUGUUCGUGCAAGCUGACGGUGAGUUCUGGACGGCCGGACUCCCCCCGUCGACCUUAGCAACGGACAAGCAGGAAAGACGCUCCUCCUCCUCCUCGUCCCGUACAAGCGGUGCUACAGACGGUUGGGGCAGCAACACACCGCCGGCACCAGGAAAGACGCAUGCCGGGGGGGCAGACAGGGUAGUGUUUCUGGAGGAAGCUCGCAAGGCUUUUCAUCGCGGAGGGUUUUCCGUGGUCAUCAACCGACUGCAGAGGAGGUGGCGCGGUGUGUUGAGAGCUUCGCGGGCGCUGGAAGAUGUGCUGGGGCAGCCCGUCAACGCGAACCUGUACAUGACCCCACCCCAAAGCCAGGGAUUCGAGGCACACUUCGACUGGAUGGACGGGAUCGUGGUUCAGCUAACAGGGUCCAAGACUUGGAUACUGUACGACGAGAUGGUUACGAUGCCGAGACCGGACAUGAAGUUUAAGCCCAAGGCCGCUGCGCUGGGGGAGCCGAUCGCCGUGCUUGACCUUCAUCCCGGGGACAUGAUGUACAUUCCACGGGGCUGGCCUCACGAGGCAGCCGUUAACGGCACAGCCGCGAGGCCGGCUGGAGGGAGGGGGGCGUCGCCAAGCAGAAGCGCAGCUAGGGGUCCAUCGCUCCACCUGACUUUCGGAGUCGAAACGGCCUUGUCGGGCACGUACGAGUCGCUGCUGCACCACGCCCUGGAGGUCGCGGCGGUGGAGCACCCGUUGCUUUUCGGGCUCUCGCCACGAGAAGGAGGAAGAAGCGACAAACGAUCAGCCAACGAAUCCGAUGAAGACAAUCAAGGCCGUAUGGGGGGGAAUGCCGAGGUACCGUGGCUGCAGCUGCUUCACCUCUGGGUACACGACGUCGCUUCUCGCGACGCGCGCCUUCGAAAAGCUGUGCCUCUGGCGCCCCUUUUCUCUGCGUCGUCGGAGGGACGCCCAGCUCCUCCAACAGCCGCGAAAGGCAGCCCGGACGCCGGCAGCAUCGAUGACGACGACAACAACGUCGCCGGUGGUCGACGCGAAGGAGUCUGCACGGCGUCAGCUCAGCGACAAGAGCACCAGACGGCGGCGGUACCCCCCGCCGUGCUCCAGGAGUUCAAAAUAUCGCUGGAGGCGUGUGCGGGGAGUGCCGCUGCCGACGAUGCCCCCGGGGUAGGAGGAGCGGCAUCGAGCACGCUAGCGCUUCUGGACUCGCUGCUGGAGAACGAGCAGCUGCACCGUGUCAGGGAGAUGUUCUUUGUCGGCGACGGCGAGCUGCGCGGUCGUGGUGGUGACGAGACUUCAGGUGGUUCUGCGGCGGCGGCGGCACAGCGGGGUGGGGAAGAUGAAGAUGCGGCAGAUGCCGUGCUUUCUUCCCGGAUGUCCGAGGACACAGAGUGGAGCAGGGCAACGCUGGAAGCGUUCGACCGCACGCGCUUUUUGUCUUCUUCGCUGCGGGAAGAAAUGGAGGGGUUUCGAAAUGUGGCGUCGCCCCAAGGGGCAUUGCGGCGGAUGGUGGUAGCCUCAUCAAGAAGAGCAAGAGAAAGGGACAAGGUCACCGAGCGAGACUUGGCUAGAUGCGGGCAGGGUCCGCCGAGUCGGGGGGGUGUGUAGGUGUAGCGAUCGGUAUAGUAUAUGCAUACCACUUUGAUUGCGACUGUGUGUCGUAGACGAAUGCCUCGUUGUAUGCAUACAUGGUCUAGAGUCAGAGGGUGCUUCCGCUCGAGAAACAAGGGAAGAAGGGUGUCAA